AUGGCCCCCGGCAGCAGUGCUGACAGGUCGAGUCGAACCAGCUAUUCGUGUCGUCAACGCCACGUGAAAUGUGACGAAGAAAAGCCCGUGUGCUGGAAAUGUCGCAUUGGCGGCAGGAAGUGCGUGCGACCAGGCGACACUGAAGUCCAACGCCCUCGCCCGCAACGAAGAACUGCCACAACUUCCCAGAAUGUCUUCCAUCCUGUGCCAAACAAUAUCGCAUUAUCACCAGUGACCAGCUCGCUUAGCAGUCCGACUACUUCCGGUUCUCGAGGGAUAUCGAUUCGGUCACUUACUACAUCUAAUCCAUCGCCGAUCUCUCAGUCUGCUGUACCCGGAGUAACUGUGACCACGGCUGACUCGGAUACGGCACCAUCCACCGCUAGCGAGGUCUUUGAAGUUCAGACUUUACAGGGCAUUCAGCUUCAUCUGAACCAUAACGACAUCCGAGCGGAUUCGCCCGACGGUUGUGGCUCCAUAGCCCCGUUCACCGUGUCUGCUGAGGAGGAAUUCUUGAUCCAGCACUACGCUUGUCAUCUUGCGAAAUGGGCGCACGAUUACCACAAGCAGUGCAUUGAGCUGCUGAUUCCCGCUCUGAACGAACCGAAUGUUGCCGCCGACGAUACGUUGCUGGCUGCGCUGGUCCUUCUGAGACUGUAUGAGCACCUUAAUGUGUCGGACAACGGCAAAGACUACGAACAUCAUCUCAGUGGAGUAUCGGCCCUGGUCACCUCCACGAUCCGCAAUCCGUGGACUGCAUCCGGCUCCGGUCUCAGGUGGGCUUCCUUCUGGUGCUGCUUUCGACAAUCCGUCUAUCCGGCGUGCCUGCACCGACAACCACUGCAGUUCGACAUCUCUGGCUACAAAAUAGAAGUGAACUUGUCGACACCUGCGCCGGGAGUGAUGGCGACGGUCGAAGAAGAGUCGGAAUGGUGCCACUGGAUAACGUGGAUAUUAGCACAAGUCGUGGAUUUCUGCUUCAGCAUGCCGUCGCGCGACAUGACGAUGCUGAAGGAAGGGCAAGCCUGGAAUUCGUUACUCCAGGCAGUGGAGACGUGGGAAGUCAAUAAACCCAAGAGUUUCCUUCCUGUGGCGUACAACGAAAGGAACCCGAACCGAGGGAGAUGGUUCCCAGAGAUUGCGUUUGGCAGCGAAUGGCAUGCAAUGGCUACCACGCAGUCCUUGGCCGCGAGGAUCCUGUUGGACGUGUAUAAUCCCCAAACGCGCGGAAUCUCCAUCGGAGAGUUUGGUUUUAUGAGAGCUCGAGAAAACCUAGACGCUAAAUUCGCCGUUCCGCAGAGUAAAGUUCUAUUGCAUGGAAGGACCCUUUGCGGAAUCUGUCUUACAAAUCCAGCCAACAUUGCGGCCAUCUUCACCCUCUGUCAUACUAUCUUUUCUUUCUCCUCCUUUAUCAGUGUCGACGAAGAGAGGAAGCUGCUAGUCCAGAUUCUGAGAAUCGCAGAGAGAGACGAGGGUUGGCCGACGACAUGGAUCGUAAAUGCGCUGAAAGCCGAUUGGAAUGUUGACUGGGCGGAUGAAUGA